AUGCUGCUGCAAGAUGUGACCGUUCUGUGUUUUCUAGCUAUACUUGAUAAAGGAGGCAGUGUUGAUUGUGUUGACACAGAUAACAAAACUCCACUUCAUUAUGCUGCUGCAAGAUGUGGGACCAUUCUGCUGUCUAGCUAUACUUAUAAAGGAGCCAGUGUUGAUUGUGUAGACAAAAAUAACAAAACUCCCCUUCAUUAUGCUGCUGAGAAAGGUAAUCAGUCUGUUGUUCAAGUAUUACUUGAUAAAGGAGCCAUUGUUGAUCAAGUUGACAAAAUAACAAAAACUCCCCUUCAUUAUGCUGCUGAGAAAGAUAAUCAGUCUGUUGUUCAGUAUUACUUGAUAAAGGAGCCAUUGUUGAUCAAGUUGGACAAAGAUAACAAAACUCCCCUUCAUUAUGCUGCUGAGAAAGAUAAUCAUUCUGUUGUUCAGGUAUUACUUGAUAAAGGAGCCAUUGUUGAUCAAGUUGACAAAGAUAGCAAAACUCCACUUCAUUAUGCUGUUGAGAAAGGUGACCAGGGUAGUGUUCAGUUAUUACUUGAUAAUGGAGCCAUUGUUGGUCAUGUUGACAAAGAUAGCAAAACUCCCCUUCAUUAUGCUGCUGAGAAAGAUAAUCAGUCUAUUGUUCAGGUAUUACUUGAUAAAGGAGCCAUUGUUGAUCAAGUUGACAAAGAUAACAAAACUCCACUUCAUUAUGCUGCUAAGAGUGGUAACAGGUCUAGUGUUCAAGUAUUACUUAAUAAAGGAGCCAGUGUUGAUUGUGUUGACAAAGAUAACAAAACUCCACUUCAUUAUGCUGCUGAGAGUGGUAAUCAGUCUGUUGUUCAGGUAUUACUUGAUAAAGGAGCCAGUAUUGAAAGUGUUGACAAAGAUAACAAAACUCCACUUCAUUAUGCUGCUGAGAGUGGUAAUCAGUCUGUUGUUCAGGUAUUACUUGAUAAAGGAGCCAGUAUUGAAAGUGUUGACAAAGAACAAUUACUUCAUUGUGCUGCUGAAGGUGGUCUCAGUGAUCUUUUAGAAAUGAUAAUAGCUAAAGGCAUUGAUGUUAAUAGCUUGGAUGAG